AUGAAGCUCUCGAAUACCCAAAUAGGCUCCCAGCCAACUUCUCCCGAAACCAAAACUUUCGAGCCAAUCGCAGUCGUCGGCUUUGGCUUUAAAUUCCCCCAAGAUGUAACAAACGCAGAGAGCUUAUGGAAACUCCUCAUUGAGCGUCGGUCGACCAUGACCGAGAUUCCCAAGAACCGAUGGAACAUUGAUGGAUUCUAUAAGGAGAAUGGUCAUCGACCUGGCACUGUGAAGAAUCGCGGUGGCCAUUUUCUAUCCGACGAUCCAGCACGCUUCGAUGCACCGUUCUUCUCUAUUCAACCGGCUGAGGCAGAAUGCAUGGAUCCACAGCAGCGCUUACUGCUCGAAACGAGUUACCAUGCUCUCGAAAAUGCUGGUAUUCCUAUGCAAGAUGCUGUGGGCACUCGAACAUCAGUUCACGUGGGCUGCUUAUUACAGGAGUAUAGCCAAAUUUCUCAGAGAGAUGCACAAAUGCCUGGUGACUAUCGUAUCGUCGGCUCAAGUGGUCUAGCUAUGUUAUCAAACCGUUUGAGUUGGUUUUAUGAUUUCAGCGGACCCAGCAUGACGGUGGAUACAGCCUGCUCUGGUGGUCUUGUUGCUCUUCAUCUUGCAUGCCAGGAGUUACUUGCAGGAAACGUUAACAUGUCUCUUGUGUGCGGCACCAACUUGUGUCUGCUCCCAGACUCGACGGCCCUAUUAAGCAGUCUCAACAUGAUGUCCAAAGACAGUGUAUGCUACUCUUUCGACGAGAGAGCUUCAGGCUAUGCGCGAGGCGAGGGGUUUGGAGUUCUGGUUCUCAAGCGGCUUUCAGAAGCUAUUGCCGACGGAAACAACAUCCGCGGUGUGAUUCGGUCGACUGGUUGCGGCCAAGAUGGCAACACUCCGAGUAUUACAUCGCCUAGCCAAUCCGCACAGGAGCGCCUCAUUCGCGAGACGUAUGCAAGAGCCGGUCUCAGUCUUGACGAAACUCGCUACUUCGAAGCCCAUGGAACUGGUACAAAGGCUGGAGACCCGUGCGAAGCUGCCGCUAUCAAUAGUGUAUUUUCUGCUCGGACGCCUGAAGACCCGAUUUUCGUUGGCGCACUCAAAUCCAACAUGGGUCACCCUGAAGGCGCUAGUGGUAUCGCUGGGGUCAUCAAGACGUUACUUGUACUCGAGAAUGGUAUCAUCCCGCCGAAUGUUUAUCCUGAGCGCAUCAACCCUGCCGUUACGGCCGCUGGACCGAACUUGCGAUUCCCGCUGAAACCCGUAUCAUGGCCGACGAGUGGAGUCCGACGUGCGAGCGUGAAUUCUUUCGGAUACGGUGGAACGAAUGCACACGUUGUUAUCGAUGAUGCACUCAACUUUCUCCGCGAGCAGGGUCUAGAAGGAAGACAAUGCACUGCAGAUGUCCGAAUGAUUGAGGAAGCAAAACACGUCCAUCCCUGCAACAAUUCGACCCUGAGCCGCACUUCCAGCAACGAGAAUGGCUCCGAAAUUAUGCCUUCUGGUAGCACAACCUGUGGCCACACGCCUUCUGGUUCUGCAGGUGAUUACGACGAAAGCAAUACUUUCCCUAAUGAAAACAGCAAACAUACCCCGAAGCUAUUGGUGGUCUCUGCUUUCGAUGAACGAGCAGUGAGCCGAUCAAUUGAUGCCUUGAAGAAGUGGAUGAGCGAUCACUUGGAUGAUGAGAAUCGCCGCCAAACACUCAACGAUAUCGCAUAUACUCUGGCAGAGAAACGUACCAAAUUUCCAUGGAAGAGUACUUGCGUGGCUUUCUCAGAUACCCAGCCUGAAUUGACAUGGUCUCCGCCUGUAAGGUCGAAGCCCAAUACAAAUAUCUGUUUCGUGUUCACCGGGCAAGGCGCACAAUGGCAUGGAAUGGGUCGCGAACUCAUGCGAUACGAUGUUUUCUCAAAAGCGAUGCGAGAAGCUGACCAGUACUUUCGAUCGCUGGGAAGUUCGUGGUCUUUGAUAGAUGAAAUAUGCAACAAAUCGGAGAGCGAAACAGCUAUCCACAAACCGGAACUUAGCCAGCCGAUAUGCACAGCUCUCCAGGUUGCAAUAGUUGACUUGCUAACUUCCUGGAAAAUCCGAGCAUCUAUUUCAGUAGGCCAUUCGUCUGGCGAGAUCGCUGCUGCAUACGCUAGCCACGCGAUCUCACGCGAAUCUGCAUGGAUGAUUGCAUACUUCAGGGGUCUUGCGGUCAGCAUCACUCAGUCAUUAAGCCCAUCGAACGGUGCCAUGGUUGCUGUUCAGGCCCCGUUGGACUCCUGGAAGCACUUAAUGGAUAAGCAGAAUGAAUCACAUGUGGAAGACCCCAUUGUCAUAGCCUGCUACAACAGUUUGCGCAGCUUUACACUUUCUAGUCCUCGCGACGCUAUUCAUCAGCUUUCAUCGACACUGAAAGAAGCAAAUAUCGAAGUACACAUCCUCAAAGUUGAUGUUGCAUACCAUUCUCAUCACAUGAAGCCAGUAGCUGGAAUCUACGACAAGCUUCUUCGAAAGAUCGAGCCCGGUGAACCGCUCGACGAUCAGCCCUCUUUCGUGUCCACCGUCACCGGAAAACCCUUGGAUCAACUCGCUGAACUGAGAACUGCGGCUUACUGGAACAGGAAUCUUACUGGCUCUGUCAAAUUCUCAAUCGCCGUGGAAGGAAUCUGUACAAGACCGGAUACAUCAUCAUGUUAUUUUGUUGAAAUCGGACCCCACUCUGCUUUGCGCUCUCCUCUCAGCGAUAUCCUCAAAGCUGCAGAGAGAGACGUCAAAUCUGAAUAUGUUUCAGUCUUGCGUCGCAAUCAUGCGGCAGAUAUCACAGCCAUGCAGUGCGCAGGAAAACUGCAUACCAUUGGGACAUCUGUCGAUAUCUCGGCAGUCAAUAAUAUCCGCAGUUCUGAUUCAAAGCUUCUCACAUCCCUUCCUAGCUAUCAAUUUGAAGACAAGAAGAGAUAUUGGCUAGAAGGUCGAACAAGUAUCCAAUACCGCCAAACCAAGUUUGUGCAUCACGAGCUACUUGGGUCCCGCACACCCGACUGGAACGAACUGGAGGCACGCUGGACGAACCGCAUCCUUCUAGACCAAUCACCGUAUUUGAAAGACCACAUAAUAAACGGUCUUUGUCUCAUGCCGGCAGCAGGCAUGCUAGUCAUGGCUAUCGAGGCAGUGCGCCAGUUUUACGGUGAAGCAGGUGCCGAUGCUUCCGGAUACAGAAUGAAAGAUGUUUCGUUCACGAAACCGAUGACACUAUCUGAGAAUCCCCGAGGAACGGAGAUACAACUUAUGCUACGUCCCAGAAGUGUAGGUGCGCGAGAAGCGAAACCAGGAAGUUCGUGGAGCCAUUUCUCGCUCUAUGUGUAUGAGAAUGAUACAUGGCAUCUUUGCUGCUCUGGCUCUAUUUCAAUCACAUACGAUAGCCCAAGCGAGACUUCAACUGAACAGACUCAAAGGUCUGAGAAAUUUAUCACGGCUGCAAAGCAGUGCCGCACUGACAUCAGCCACGAGGAAAUCUACAAUGCGUUUAACAAGGCAGGGCUAUCCUACGGUGCCACUUUCCGCAGCAUGUACGAUGUCAAGUGGGAUGGGCAGAGUCAGCAAGCAAUAGCAUCAGUCGGCCUUGCCGAAUGGCAGAAACAUGCGAAAUUCACAUAUACAGAUGCCCAUUUGAUUCACCCCGCUGCGCUAGACACCAUCUUGCAAACGACAUUCCCUGCCUAUUCAAUUUUCUCCAAGAAUGCGUCUGCAACAACAGUACCCACAGGCUUUACCAACGCCUGGUUUUCGUCCAAUCUGCUGCGCGCAUCGAACGAAGCAAAAAGUGUAAAAGUGAACGCGCAAGUCAAGGGUUGUGGGUUCCGGAACAAGCUGUUUGAUGUCACUGCAGCGGACGAGCAGGAUCAAGAGCUUUACUUUUACGGGGAGUUGGAGACUUCGACGAUUGGAAGAAGCGGUGCAGCUGCGGAUGAGGGAGAAGUACCGCCGACUUUAUAUCGCAUUGAUUGGCAACCGGCCAGCUUCUCCGAUUUGACUCCGGAAGAGAGAGAAUCACUUUACUCUGACUUACCGUUCUACGUUGUGUACGACGAGUGUGACUCUCUGCAAAGUAAUCUAGCAGAUCUGCUUGGAAAGGUCGCACUCUCACACUGUAAUACUUCGUUAAUCCCAAUAUCUUGGAAAUCCGUUCCUGAGAAAGAUUUAUCCAAGGCUACCUAUGUGUUUCUUCCUGGACUAGAUGGGACGCUCUUGCGCCUCAUGCAAGACGAAGAUUUGAACAAAAUCAAAAAACUCCUCUCCACAGCUGACGCACUCAUCUGGCCUACGCUUCAACAUUCAGCAUUAGACCAGAGUCCUACAGAAGGUCUUGUAUCAGGCCUUGUUCGUACGCUAGCCACGGAAUCCGAAGACUAUCAUCUUAUCAGUGUUAGUCUGAAUCGCGAGAAUGGGUUCGAGAAGUUGGCGGGUAAUAUCAUGGCAAUCUUAGACGCAAAGCUCGCGGAUCAGACUAGUGAUCCUGAAGAUGAGUAUUGGGAAGUUGAUGGCGUUCUCUGCACACCACGGGUAGUCGAUGAUGCAGAGCUGGCCGCGACAGUACUGCCACAGUCCAAAGAUGUCGCGACUACUGUUUCCAAACCAUGGAGUGAACUUAAAAAUCCAGUUCUCACAAUCGGAGCUGCGGGCAUCCUCAACACGCUGCACUACGAGCAAGAUGAUACCCAAAACGACACGCUUGGAAGCGACGAUGUCCUUGUACAAGUCAAAGCAGUAGGCCUCAACCUUCGCGACGUUCAAGUCGCACUAGGCCAGAUCCACGACGACGCCUUUGGCAGCGAAAUUGCAGGCAUCGUACUGCGAACCGGAUCACGCAGCGCUUCACAUUUCCAACCCGGAGAUCGCAUCUUCGGCAUCACACGCAACGGCGUUGCACAAACCGCGGUGAGUAGCUACAAGCAGCUGCGCAAGAUACCAGAGAAAAUGGACUUUUCAGAGAAUCUGAGCUUUGCCGAAGCAGCUGCGAUCCCUGUAGCUUUCUGCACGGCGUACUAUGCCCUGAUGCAAGUUGCGGGUGUCAAGCUCGGCGACAAUGUACUCAUUCACGAUGCGACUAGUGCGCUGGGGCAUGCCGCUUUCAAGAUGUGUAUACAUCGGGGAUGCACGAACAUCUUUACAGUGGUUGAGUCUGAAGAGCAGGCGGAUUGCUUGCUUCGCUAUGGGCCCAUUACCAGGUCCUCUAUUUUCGUUACUGGGGAUCCGAAUCUCGAGUACGAAAUCCGGCGUCAGACUGAGGGUAGAGGUAUAGAUAUCAUUUUGGGCUCUACGGAGGACUUAAAGAGUUCAAGCGGCUGUAUUGCGUCGUUUGGACGCAUAGUUGAUGUUGGGGAGAAGCAUGCUUUUGCUUCUACGGCGAGCCGUCCAAAAGAGAAUUCGUUACCGGCAGUGGUGACGAAUAAGAAUGUCACAUUCGCCAAUAUCAACUUCCAGGAACUAGCGGAAAGCCGUUUGUUUGAAGGGAUCUUCAAGAAUGUCUGCGAGAUGAUUGACGACAGUCGUCUCAUGCCACAAGUGUCGCUGGCUGUGUUCAAGCAAAGCGAGGCCGAGAAGGCUUUCCGUGCUCUGCAAGACAAGGACACUAUGGCUAAAAUUGUAAUUGAAAUGGACAGCGAUGAAGUUGUCGAGAUGGAAGUUGCAUCGAGUCCUUCCAAGCUACUCUUCCAUGAAGACGCGAGCUAUCUUGUCGCGGGUGCUUUCGGUGGUAUAGGCCAAAGCAUCGUCCAGUGGAUGGUGCAGCAAGGCGCCCGGUACUUGAUACUGCCAUCACGUUCUCCAGUCGAAGGGACCGGAUCUGAUCGCGAGCACUUCAUACAAGAGCUCCAGGAACAAGGCGCCACCGUCAAAGCACCAGUAUGUGAUAUCGCCGACAAACACCAGCUCCAAAGCAUGCUGGAUUCUCUCCGCGAUCUCCCAGACAUCAGAGGCUGCAUCCAAGCAGCAAUGGUAAUGCGCGAUUCAUCCUUCACCAACAUGUCAGUCGAAAAGUGGCAUCAGUCUCUCGCCCCCAAAGUCGACGGCUCCUGGAACCUCCACCAGCUCCUCCCUCCCAACCUCGACUUCUUCGUCAUGCUCUCCUCCUCAACAGGCAUAAUGGGCUCCUUCGGCCAAUCGAACUACACAGCCGGAAACACCUACCAAGACGCCCUCGCCGCCCACCGCAUGCGCCACGGCCAGCGCGCCCACACGCUCGCCCUCAGCAUGGUAACAGGCGUCGGCUACGUCGCGCAAAACGAGCAAGUCCAAGCUCUCCUGCGCGUUCGGGGUAUGCUGGAAGAAGUAUCCAUGCAAGACAUCUUCUCCUUACUCCAAUUCUGCUGCGAUCCCAGCCGCGUAGAUAAUAGCAGUGUGGGUUCGCAAAUCAUCACGCCACUAACUCUCCCUGCGGAUCUCCGUGCUAUGGGUAUCGUGGCUCCCCUCGGCAGUACGAGACCAAUCUACCACUACCUCGACACGCUCCCUGCGCGUAUCUCCAGCACCGCCGAAACAGAUAAAUCGCGGCCCUCGCACUUGCUGUCCGAAGCAAAGUCUCUGGCGCAAGCCACGGAUAUCAUUGUUGGGGCCAUCCAAACGCAGCUGUCUAGUCUGCUGGUUGUAAGCAAAGACGAUAUCGACCCGCAGAAAGCGAUUUAUCGGUACGGCGUCGAUUCGCUGGUGGCGGUGGAGAUGCGAAAUUGGUUUUCCAAGGCGGUAGGGGCGGAUGUGGCGACGGCGGAUAUCAUGAGUGAUGUUAGUAUUUGGUUGUUGGCGGUCAAGGUUGCGGGGACGAGUCGGUUUGUGAGGGAUGAGGUGAAGGAGUAG